CGCCAAGGUGGCCUGUCUUGAUGAAUUGGCAGGCUCCUAUUAGUUCUACGACGAUUUUAAAAACAAAAUGAAGAGCAGUGUGCAAAUCUCCGAUUAAGGUUACACAGCAAACCUCCGAGAAAAACAAAAACAUUUACACAACAAUGGGAACACGAAAGAGACUAAUCUCUUCAUCUACCGAACCUUCUUCUCCUUCUUCUUCCGAUCCCAAACAACUAAACACACAACUCAAACCUCAACAACAAAUCGACCCACCAAUUGCACCUCCCAAAUGGGGUUUCCUUUUCAAACUCUCUCUCUUUUCUCUCCCUUACUUCUACCUCAUCUUCUUCCAUUACACUCUCGAUUCAGACCUUCGAAGAUCCAUUAUCAUCAAUGCUGGAUUGAGUCUCGCUGCUUUUUUUCUUACCGUUAGAAUGAUCCCUGUUGCCUCUAGAUAUGUUCUCAAACGGAAUCUCUUUGGAUUUGAUAUCAACAAAAAGGGUACUCCUCAGGGAAAUAUCAAAGUGCCUGAGUCAUUGGGUAUAGUUGUUGGUAUUGUCUUCUUGGUUGUAGCAAUCUUAUUUCAGUAUUUCAACUUCACAGCAGAUUCAAAUUGGCUUGUUGAAUACAAUGCUGCUUUAGCAUGCGUCUGUUUUAUGACAUUGCUUGGAUUCGUUGAUGAUGUCCUUGACGUCCCUUGGAGAGUAAAAUUACUACUACCAUCAAUUGCUGCACUUCCUUUGUUAAUGGCAUAUGCGGGACACACAACUAUAGUUAUACCAAAACCACUUGUCCCACACAUUGGAAUAGAGAUUUUGGAUCUUGGAUGGAUAUAUAAAUUAUAUAUGGGACUAUUGGCUGUUUUCUGCACAAAUUCCAUCAAUAUACAUGCUGGACUAAACGGUCUUGAAGUUGGACAAACAGUGGUUAUCACAUAUGCUAUUCUGAUACACAAUAUUAUGCAAAUUGGAGCAUCAACAGAUCCUGAAUAUAAGCUAGCACAUGCGUUCUCCAUUUACUUAGGGCAACCUUUGCUUGCUACCUCUUUGGCUUUAUUUUCUUAUAAUUGGUAUCCUUCUUCAGUUUUUGUCGGUGAUACUUAUACAUACUUUGCAGGGAUGACUAUGGCUGUGAUUGGUAUUUUAGGCCAUUUUAGCGAAACCCUCUUGAUUUUCUUCCUACCACAAGUUUUGAACUUUCUCUUGUCACUCCCCCAGCUUUCUGGCUACAUUCCAUGUCCACGUCAUCGUCUGCCAAGGUUUGACCCUCAAACUGGACUACUGACUGGAACAAACGAUGGCACACUGGUUAACUUCUUCUUAAGAAAUUUAGGCCCGAAAUCAGAGAAGUCGCUUUGUAUCUAUCUUCUUAUUUUCCAGGCUAUUGCAUGUUGUUUCUGUUUCCUGCUGAGGUAUUUCCUUGCCGGAUGGUACAAAUGAAAAUGCGAAGUUGAUAGAAGAUAUGGAUGAGAACCGCCUGAGAGACUGAGUUAUUGUAUAAUCAUUUUUGUAGAAAAAUUGCUUCUAAUGUAAUUGAUUAUAGGUUUUGGUGAAAGGAAUUUCUAUUGUUACUUGAAUGUUGCAUGCUAGUUAUCAAACUUCAUGAAAAUAUACAAAGACGAAUACUGCUGUUUCGAGUAGCCUAACAUUUUGUGUAAUCCUUUGCCAAGAAAGUUAACUACUAUUUUAUAUAAUGACAAUGAUGAUUCUUGUUGUUUGACAAAAAUUGAUUUAAUAAAAGCUACUACCUAAAUUA